UGCGAAACUACAGAACCAGGCGGACAAUACCUGUCCAAAAACUUAGUAAACAAUCAUGUUAAGAUAUGGUUGAGCCAUGAAAGAUUAUAAAAAAACUUUUUUGAUAUUUCCUGCCAGUAGAACAGGCAUAACACUGCAUGUACAUUUGUGACAGUGGUGGAUUGUAAUCACCUUUGUUGCCUCGGAUCCAUAUAUGGACGGAGCGAUUAUCUUUUACAAAGGCCUGACAUUACCUGGACACGCCCUCAUGACGUCAUCUGGGUCACAUCACUACGAAGAUGACUGACGUGUAAACAAAUAUUACAAGAUCUAGGUGUGUAAGAAUUCAUGAUGAUAAUGAUAAACAGAGGCUAGAUCAAUCAUCACAACCGUCCAGUUGAUCGUACGGAGAGCUCGUGACACGGUCACAGUCAGAUUGAGACAAAGAACAGGACGAGCUACAUUGGAAGUCACAUUUGAUAAAAAUUUCUUCAGGAGACUGGAAACCAGCUCGCCAUGGCUGACCAUGUCCAGGUGUGUAUAGAGUUCGGUGAGGAGCCUCCCGAUGCCGAGCUGCAGGGGGAUGUCCAGCAGCACGUGUACGAGUUCGAACAGCCGUCCCACUCCGGUGACCUGCUCGUCGCCAUGAACGAACUGCGCAGGCGCGGGGAGCUCACUGACGUCACCCUGUGCGCGGGAGAACAGGCGUUCUCCUGUCACCGGGUCGUCCUGGCCUCGUGCAGCCCGUACUUCCGCGCCAUGUUUGCCGGCGACCUGAUGGAGAGCCGUGCGAAAGAGAUCCAAUUGAAAGACAUCAAUCCGGACAUGUUGAAGCUGGUAACAGACUACGCUUACACCUCCAAAAUCACCAUCACGCGAGAGAACGUACAGGACGUGCUGGACGUCUCCGACAGAUUCCAGAUUCCCGCCAUUAAAGACGCUUGCUGCGAAUUCCUGGAGAUGCAGCUGCACCCUUACAACUGCAUUGGGAUAUUCCAGUUCGCGGACACGCACUAUUGUGAGGAUCUCCGGAAGAAGGCUCUCGAUUUUGCGUUGUCAAAGUUUAAUGACGUCAUUGAGAAUGAUGAAUUCGUGGAGUUGACAAAAGAUGGUCUCGUCGAGUACCUGUCUCACGACGAGCUGGAAGCAACCAAAGAAGAACAUGUGUUUGAGGCUGGCAUGAAAUGGCUGCGUUACAAGAGCGAGGAGCGAUCACAGUACAUUUCUGGCGUUUUGGAGGCCGUCCGCCUUCCGUUGAUUGACGCGAAGUAUCUUCUUGAAGAAAUAGAGGGAAAGGAAAUCGUCAAAAACUCCUCAAGGUGUCUUGAGCUGUUGGAUGAGGCAAAAAACUUACAACACUUACUUCAAGAACAUGGAGUCGUGAGUGACCCUCGUGUGACGCCAAGACGUUGUGUGGCGCAGAAGGUCCUGUUGGUGUUGGGCGGGAAGAACCAGACUGGCUCUUGCACAACUAUGUCAUACUACGACAACCGGACACAGGCAUGGCUACAGCCUGAACCGUUACCCAUGGAACCACGUGACUUGUCGAGCGUUGCAACCAUCGGAAACUACAUUUAUCUGACUGGAGGCGCCCCCGUGCGGUUGUCUCAAGCAAGCCAGAGGGAGAAGUUGAAAGACGUGUGGCGGUACGACGCAGGGGUUAGCGAGUGGAGUAAGCUCGCUCCACUCCACCAAGGCAGGUGCGGGCACGGCUCGGUCGCCGUGAACGGGCACGUCUACGUCCUGGGUGGGUUCGAUGACAUCUCUAUCCUGAGUCAGGUGGAACGGUACAACCCUGCCGCCAACACCUGGGAUAUCGUGGCUCCAAUGCUGAAGGCCGUCACGAGCCCGGCAGUGGUCGCCUUCCAGGGAAAGAUAUACGUCUUUGGAGGGUUUCUUGAGGAUGAAACAGUGGGUUUCGCACAGUGCUACGACACCGACACCGGCCAGUGGACCCUCAUGCAGACCCCGCCUACCUGCGAGACGGGCGCGUCAGCUGUGGUGUUGGGCGGGCUCAUCUACAUCAUCGGCGGGGAACUGUCGCGGAGCGUCACGGUGUUCGACCCCGCCAGUCAGAAGUUCUUCCAAACAGGGGAAAUGGUCGAACAGCGCCUGCUCUGCGGAGCUGCGGUUCUUGACGACAGAAUAUACGUGACGGGCGGGGUGUCGCACCGACUGUCCGCGGAGCCGCACGACACCAUCGAGUGUUACGAGCCAAAAACUGACACGUGGAGGAUUGUGGGUACUUUACCCGAGCCCCUGUACCAACACGGUUGUUUGACCAUAUACAUGAGCAACCUGAACAGCAAACAACGACAACAACAACACACGUCAGGGGAACAGAACACCGAAUAAUGUGAUAUGCAUUGUUUGGUUGUCGAUAAUAAACAAAGCGAUUCUUCAGAUUAAUGUAGUUUUUCUGUGCGAGUGAAUUUAGAUAGAGAUGAUAGAUAUGUCGCUCAACGUGUCAUUGCUAUGAAAAUGUUGUGGAAAAUGUAAUAAGGUACAGGACACCACC